AUGGAAAAGCAAACUAACGACAACACUAGCCAGGAUCGCCAGUAUUCCGAGGAUGAAUCUGACCUUCAAAUCGAUUAUCCGACGGGACCUCUUUCAUCCUCUAGUCUGCUCAUGGGCCUCUAUCUGGUCAAUCUCGAAGUGACCAUCGUGAGUACUUCACUUGUCCGUAUCACGAAUGAUCUCAACGGCUUCAACAAGACAAGUUGGGUGGUGACGGGGUUCUUGACAACAUAUACCUCUUUCAUGCCGUUAUGGACUAAGAUCAGCAAUAUCAUCGGACGCAAACGAGCAAUCCUAGCUUCAAUGGUUAUCUUUUUGGCAUUUUCGCUGGGAUGUGCCUUGUCUAAGGAAAUGAAUCAUUUAAUCAUCUUCCGAUCGCUACAAGGCGCAGGCGGGGCAGGAGUCUACUCGCUUGUCAUCCUCUGUGUGUAUGAGAUAGUCCCAAAAUCCAGAAUGCCAUUCUUUGGUGCCCUGCUUGCAGUCACGAUUGCGCUCGCCUCGCUGACGGGGCCCAUUUUCGGUGGUCUUGUGGCUGAGAACUCGGCAUGGAGAUGGGCCUUUUAUGUGAAUCUCCCUCCAGGUGGAUUGGCAGUCUUCAUGUUGCUCGUCACUAUGCCGUCCGACUUUGGAAGUAUCAAACCACAGCCCUUGUCCGCCCUCCUGCCAAGCUAUUCCCUGUUCUUGAGUCUCGAUGCAUUGGGCUCAUUCCUUCUGCUGGGCGCAUCUCUUCUGCUGGUCACAGUACUCAACGAGACAAACAUCGAGUUCGAUUGGUCUUCGGGGACCGCCAUUGCCUUGAUCGUCUUGUCUGGCGUAAUGUGGGUUGCAUUCUUUGCAUGGGAGUGGUUUAUGCCUGAUUACCUGCCUGCUCUGCAACCUGUAUUCCCGAAGCGGUUUUUCUACAAUAAAGCAUGGAUGGGAAUGCUGGCCACCAACUUUUUGUGUGGUUGCCCUUGGAAUGUAGUCAUUGUCUACCUGGCGCAACGAUUUCAACUGAUUACUAGGCUCGGCCCUCUUGAUGCUGGAGUACACAUUAUCCCAUAUGCUGCAGUUGCAACUGUGUGUACUAUGGUCACCUGUCUAGCAAGCCGCAAGCUUCGCAUACCUGUGGUUUACUUCGCAUUGAUUGGAUCUAUAUUGCACACUAUUGGCAUGGCGCUUUUAACAACACUUCCAGAGAACUCAUCUUAUCCUGCCAAGGGAUAUGUAUUCGAAGCCAUUGCUGGUGCUGGUGUUGGAAUUACAAUUGGAAUCCUUACAUUGGCCGUGCCUUUCAUUGUUGAAGGAAAGGACUUGGCCACGGCUACAGGCGCUUUGAACCAAGCUCGAUUCUUGGGUGGAGCGAUUGGAUUAGCCAUUGCGUCGAACAUCCUCUACAGCAAAUUGAAAAGUGACCUUCCCCAUCAGUUGCCUCCUGCUCAAGUCAAUCUAGUCAUUGAAAGAGCGGGGGCUAUCGAAACCCUGCCAGAAAAGGUUCAAAAAGUGGCGGCCACUGUUUUUGCCCAGAGUUACACUGUGCAGUUCCAGGCUAUGAUUGCUUUUGCUGCUUUACAAAUUCCCGCAUCUUUGUUGAUCUUGAAACGUGGACGGCAAUAUGUUGCUAGAUAG